AGCUGGGCAGUGGACAAAGGCUCUGGGCAAGCUUGAGGGGUGACCCAGUAGUGCUGAGCCCUCCUCACCAAGGCUGGGUACUGGGGGAGAGGGGAUCAGGGCAGCCUGGGGAGGUUUCUGAGUGAGAAUAUGCCCGGGUGAGCUUCUCUUCAAGUGGGGCUGGAUGAGGAAUCCCCAUCCAGGGGGUGGAGCACAUCCAAGGCCUCAGAUUCGGGCAUGGUGUCUGAGAGGCAAAUGCGGUCCUUCCCUGAUAGGAGCCACCCACUCUGACAGGCUCCCAAACCAGCCGCUCUCCUCUGUGCUGUCUAGAACACAGUCUUGUGGUGACCAUAUGGGGAUCUGAGAGUCCCAGAGGGAGCUGCACUUUGAAACCCUGACGGGGAUGCUCCUCAUCCCUGCCCUGUCUUCCUCAGCUCUGGAAACAAGGAGAGGUAGCUCAGGAAACCAGACAGACAUGGAUGACAGGUGACUGAUGGCGAUCACAGGGGGCAGCCUGGUGUUGAGCGGAUUCCAGAGGAUUCAUUACAACUGUGCUUUAUAAGAAGUCUUUAUUGGGGAUUCCAGACAACAUGGUCAUUUGUUGAAAUGGGGCCUCGGUGUACUGUGGAGGAGCCUCCCAGGUGGACCUCCUGUUGCCUCAGCUGUAACAGCUGCUGACCCUCGCCCACUGCCAUGCAGGGCAAUCCCCUGGCACUGGGUGAGGUCCAUUUGCUCCCAUGAAGGGCUGGAUGGUUCAGAAGGAAGAGCAGCCAUUCCGGCAAGUUACAGGGUUGUCCACCUCGAUCCACGGUUGUGCUGGGGCAGUUUGGGCCUGUGAGUCCAUCCCAGAGGCUGGCCUUUGAGGCGCUCCUGCCAGGGGUUUGAGGGACCCCAUCCCUGCCGCAGUAAUUCCAAGCAUCUCAGGACUUCUGGCCUCCCCUGCCCUUAGAGCAAGUCUGCAGUGCUCAUGCUUAUUGCUAAUAUUUUAAAAUAGGUAAAAACUAUAAAUUUAAAAUGUUAAUCAAAUUACAAGCUACAAAAUAAUAAAAGCUAGUCUUUCCAACUCCAGCCACUGUUGUGAGAGGGGCUGCUGCCAUGUGCACGCAAGUGCAGUGGGCGGUCAUGCAGAACCGCUCCAGCUUCCUGAUCAAAAGGAACAAGCAGACACAGAGCACUGAGGGCUCACAACUCCUUCCCUUCAAGGGUCCAAUUCACCUCAAGACUCUGGGCGUGGAGCCAGUGGCUGAAGACAGAGGUGUAGUGGUGGUCGUGAAGCACAGAUCCGUCCAGUAAAAACCUGCCACCUCCUACAUGCAGACCACCAUCAACAAGAAUGCCCGGGCCACCCUCAGCAGCACCAGGCACAUGUUCUGCAAGAACAAGUACCAACCAGAUCUGCGCAUGGCUGCCACUUGCAGAGUCAGUGCCAUCCUGCACAGCCCAAAGCCCGUGAUGGUGAGGAGGAAGCCGGCCCGCCCCAUCAAGAGCUCCUGAGCACCUGCCCCCCACCUCCAAAGCAAUAAAGAUGUCAAACCACCUCCAGAUAAUAAUAAUAGAUAAGAAUGGCUUAAGAGGUUUAAAAUACAAAAUGAACAAGA